CAGCACAACCCUCCUCUGAACAGACCUUAAAGGUGCUUUGUGCGUGCCUUCAUCUGUAUGACUGCAGCAAGAGGGAGUUGGGAUGAUGAAGGUCCAUCGCAUACUCCUCCUUAUCUCUCUGGGCUGGCCCUGUGCUACGAACACGAGACUCGCCUUGUUGAGGACUUGUUCAGGAACUACAACAAGGUGGUGCGCCCAGUGGAGGACCAUCGGGAGGCCGUCGUCAUCACCGUCGGGCUGCAGCUCAUCCAGCUGAUUAGUGUGGAUGAAGUAAAUCAGAUUGUGACAACCAAUGUACGCCUGAAGCAGCAAUGGAUAGACGUCAACCUCAGGUGGAAUCCAGACGACUAUGGUGGCGUGAAAAAAAUCCGCAUCCCUUCGGAGGAUAUCUGGCGGCCAGACCUUGUUCUUUACAACAAUGCAGAUGGUGAUUUUGCCAUUGUAAAAUACACCAAAGUCCUUCUGGAGCACACAGGUCUGAUCACCUGGACACCACCAGCUAUUUUUAAGAGUUACUGUGAAAUUAUAGUCACGCACUUCCCAUUUGACCAGCAGAACUGCAGUAUGAAGUUGGGAACUUGGACAUAUGAUGGGACAGUGGUUGUUAUUAACCCGGAGAGUGAUCGUCCAGAUCUGAGUAACUUCAUGGAGAGUGGGGAGUGGGUGAUGAAGGAUUACCGUGGCUGGAAGCACUGGGUUUACUAUGCUUGCUGUCCUGACACCCCUUACCUGGACAUCACUUACCACUUCCUCAUGCAACGCCUGCCUCUCUACUUCAUCGUGAAUGUCAUCAUCCCCUGCCUGCUCUUCUCCUUUUUAACAGGGUUAGUUUUUUACCUACCCACAGAUUCAGGUGAGAAAAUGACUCUCAGCAUCUCUGUCCUGCUGUCUUUGACUGUGUUCCUUCUGGUGAUUGUGGAGUUGAUCCCUUCCACCUCCAGUGCAGUGCCUCUGAUAGGCAAAUACAUGUUGUUUACAAUGGUGUUUGUCAUCGCUUCAAUCAUCAUCACGGUCAUUGUCAUCAACACCCACCACCGCUCCCCAAGCACUCACACCAUGCCACACUGGGUCAGGAAGAUCUUUAUUGACACAAUCCCAAACAUCAUGUUUUUCUCUACAAUGAAACGACCAUCCAGGGAUAAACAAGACAGAAAUAUUUUUGCAGAAGAUAUUGACAUUUCUGACAUUUCUGGGAAGUCAGGCUCUGUGCCUGUCAACUUCUACUCCCCGCUUACCAAAAAUCCAGAUGUGAAAAAUGCUAUAGAAGGAAUCAAAUACAUUGCGGAAACGAUGAAAUCAGACCAAGAAGCCAGUAAUGCCGCAGAAGAAUGGAAGUUUGUUGCGAUGGUGCUUGAUCAUCUUCUCCUUGGCAUAUUUAUGCUAGUUUGUUUUAUAGGAACAUUAGCUGUAUUUGCUGGUCGACUUAUUGAAUUAAAUCAGCAAGGAUGAAUGUGAGCUGGAAA